CUGAGGGGGGUGUGAGCGAGGACUCGACAAAACUCCAGGAAUUACACGUUUGAUAUGACAGAGAACAAAUGACCUUUUAACAGCAUACAUGGCUCCCAAUUCCAUCCACUGGUUCCGGAAAGGCCUGCGUCUCCAUGACAACCCUGCACUCCUGGAGGCUGUUCGAGGAGCUGCAACUGUACGAUGUGUCUACUUCCUGGACCCCUGGUUUGCUGGCUCCUCUAAUCUGGGGGUCAGUAGGUGGAGGUUCCUCCUUCAGUGCCUGGAGGACCUGGAUGCCAGCCUUCGUAAGCUCAGCUCUCGCCUCUUUGUGAUCCGUGGCCAGCCAGCCAACGUGUUUCCCCGCCUCUUCAAGGAGUGGAAGAUCUCCCGACUCACCUUUGAGUAUGACUCUGAACCAUUUGGCAAGGAACGGGAUGCUGCGAUCAAAAAGCUGGCCAUAGAGGCUGGCGUGGAAGUCAUUGUUAAAACGUCGCACACACUCUAUGACCUGGAUAGGAUCAUAGAGUUCAAUGGAGGCCAGCCUCCGCUCACCUACAAGCGCUUUCAAACGCUGAUCAGCCGUAUAGACCCCCCUGAGCCCCCGGUGGAACCGCUGUCAGAGGCCAUUAUGGGGAGCUGUGUCACUCCUCUGUCCGAUGACCACAAUGAGAAAUACGGGGUUCCCUCACUGGAGGAGCUGGGGUUUGACACAGAGGGCUUGCCAUCAGCAGUGUGGCCAGGGGGUGAAACGGAGGCUUUGACCCGCAUAGAAAGGCACCUUGAGAGGAAGGCUUGGGUGGCGAACUUUGAGAGGCCCCGUAUGAAUGCCAACUCACUCUUGGCAAGUCCCACAGGGCUGAGCCCCUACUUGCGCUUUGGCUGCUUGUCUUGUCGUCUCUUUUACUUCAAGCUCACUGAUCUAUACAGGAAGGUGAAGAAGAACAGUUCCCCUCCACUCUCACUCUAUGGUCAGCUGUUGUGGAGGGAAUUCUUUUACACAGCAGCCACCAAUAACUCACGCUUUGACAAAAUGGAAGGCAACCCUAUCUGUGUGCAAAUCCCCUGGGACCAGAACCCCGAGGCAUUGGCCAAGUGGGCUGAAGCUAAAACAGGCUUCCCAUGGAUUGAUGCUAUCAUGACCCAGUUGAGGCAGGAAGGCUGGAUCCACCACUUGGCCCGACAUGCCGUGGCCUGCUUCCUGACCCGGGGGGACUUAUGGAUCAGCUGGGAGGAGGGCAUGAAGGUGUUUGAGGAGCUACUUCUGGAUGCGGACUGGAGUGUGAACGCAGGCAGCUGGAUGUGGCUGUCCUGUAGCUCCUUUUUCCAGCAGUUCUUCCACUGCUACUGCCCUGUGGGCUUCGGCCGUCGUACUGACCCUAAUGGUGACUUCAUCAGACGCUACUUACCUGUUCUCCGAGCCUUCCCAGCCAAGUAUAUCUAUGACCCCUGGAAUGCCCCUGAGUCUGUGCAGGCAGCUUCCAAGUGCAUUGUGGGUGUCCAUUAUCCCAAACCCAUGGUCAGCCAUGCUGAAACAAGCCGUCUCAACAUUGAGAGGAUGAGACAGAUCUAUCAACAGCUGUCGCGCUACAGAGGACUGGGCUUGUUGGCUUCCGUACCAUCCAGCCAUAGUGGAAAUGGGAAUGGCAGUGGAACUGGGAAUGCUGUGAUAGUGCUCUCCCCUGGGGAGCAUCCUUCUGGAACUACAGCCAUUCAUGGAUCCCACAGUGUGGGAGAGCGUCGCUGCCAGAGCAGCAUUCCACAUGAGUUUGCAGUGCCAAAGCACCCAGGACGAGGCCAAAGUAGGGGCUGCAGUAUGGGGAAGAGGGAAUGGGAGGCAGAGCGAGAUGGUGACCGUCAGUCCUCCGUGGUCAAAGUUCAUCGUCACAGCAACAUGAACUACCUAACACUGGGGAAAAGUCAAGAUACAAGCUGCUCCAAGAGCUGAACAGUGGAGAGGAAACAAGAUAGCACCUCCUUUUGCUUGUUCUUCCAGGAAACAACUCAUCCUUAACAAAUAUUUUGGUACUACAAGGAAAGAAAAGACUCUAGCUGCUUUUGAGAGCUUUCUGUCCAAGAGGCCAAGCGUUUCAUCUUGGUUAACCUUUACAGUCUGUCAUUUUGUCAUUUGAAUCCAGUCAGAUAGUUGGAAUCUGAAUAAAUUGGCUGCAAGAUAGAAGGAUCUCUUCUGUUCAUAUACCAGGUUACUGUUUGUUGAACUUAAGAAGUCAACGAGACAUCCUCAGAUGGGUCCACCAGUACAGACUGUGCUUUUCAGAGUGUGACUUUAAUCCAGACCAUCAAAAGAAGGACUGGCUGUUCAGAUGGAGGCGGACUGGCCCUGAAGAUGCCCCAAGUGUUCUGUGGGAGUCCCUCAUGCAAAGGUUGGCUUGUGUGUUGCUAAGGGGUUGAAGGCAUUAGCUUCUUCUCCUUGGCCUUGCUCACCCUUUACAGCAAUGGAGCCACUCAUCUGUCUGUUUUUCUUUAUUUCUCUGAUAUGUGAGGAAAAGGCUAAUGUGCUUGUUCUUCUGUUUUGACAUAUGUAAAUGAGACAGUUUGUCAGUGUUGCACAGGUAUAGGCAUGUUGUAAUCCGAUAGUUGUACACAUUAUGAUUUGUGUACGUAAACUGAAAUGUGAGUUUGGGGCAUUGUCCUUGGACAUGAGUAGAGCCAACAGGGACAAGGCAGUGAAUCCUCAGGCAGCCGAACAAUGUCCCAUUGCAUUCUUCGACGUGUUCGGCCUCCCUGCAAUCGGGGUGUACGGUCAAGAUGUUGGAACAAUGAACAAAGUGGCGUCUCUUAGCGUUUGUCCGAAAACAGAUCCUCCUCUUUGACAAUAUCCACAGCCCACCUAGCAAGAACAGUCUACCUCGAACCUCACCGCUAGCCUGUCAUUCUUCUGUGGUGUGUGUUAUCCGUAGCAGUACAGGGAGGAAAGGACAUGUUCACUAACACACCAGGUAACGGUUAUACUAAUGACCCAGUUAUGGACCUGUAUUUCCGUCCUGUAUGCUCAUUCCCUGUUAUAUCCAUACCUAAUUUAUUCCUGAAAAUGGCUCUUAAAAUGAAAAUCCAGAUAACAGGAGCAAUUUUUAUAUUAAAUGGAAAAAAUUCUGUCUAAAGUCACUCAAAAUUCACCCAGAGAACAAGAAAUGUAUUUUUGCCUUCUAUCAUGUUCAGUGCACUUUUAGCACCUCAGCCUUUUAGCUCCGAAAAAUGAGUAACUUUCAUACAUUUGACCAGUUUUUUUUUUUUUUUUUUUUCCCCCCCCCUCUCCAUUUUUGCAAUGAGUAUUUCUUCUUCUGUUCUUCGAACCCGUUUUCACAAUGCCUUGCACAGACAGACCAAAACAAACAAAAGUAGCAAGGACAAACAACAUGAAUACACACAAAACCUUGUACAGCACACAUGAAUGCUAUUGCACAUUACCCAUCAGGCAGUGCAUCUCAGAGUCACAUGGAAAAAUUUUCAACUGUGCUCUCAGCUCCUGAAUUACGUAAUUGAAAAUUUUAAUACAGAUAAAGGAACGUGGUAUUAAUAUUUGCAGUAUGUAAAAGUGAAAAUUGGGAUAUCAGACAUAUGGAUAGCAGGGAAGAAUGCUGGUGACCGCUGACAACUGUUGAGGGCCACACCUGGAGAGGGGCAUCCCAGUUCUCCCAGAAGUUUGGGGAGAGUCAUGACAAUCAGUUUGCUCCAUGACUCUUCCAGGUGAUCCAUAAUAUCCCUGAAAGUGUUAUAAUUUUGUUCAGUUUUUUCAAGGUAAGGGGGGAAUUCAAGCAACAAUCUUUCAUGUGGCUCAGAACUCCUAGCUAUGCCCCGCAUCAAUGUAUUUAACGUCCCCACAGCAAGAGCACAGACGGGCAAAAUUCACUUUGCUUGUCCAACAGUGUAAAUUGCGACGGUUAUGGAGUAUAUUUCCUUACCAUUUGUUUACUUUUUUCUGUUUUGUUCUCUUGUGUAUCGUUCUUAUUUUGGUGUGUUCUAAAAUAGAGCACAAGAUCCUGUGAUUUCCUGCCCAUGUUUCCUGGUAAUAAA